UUAUUAAAAAUCGUAAGUACUUACAAGUUUUACCUAAUUGUAAGUGAUUUCGAGUUUUAAAAUUUACAGUUUCGUUAUUACGUACUUAAAACGUUUAGAAUUUCAGCCGUUUGACGAAUUUAUCCUUCUACACUUUCUAAAGUUUUUGGUUUCUAAACCGCUAAAGGUUUCCUGAGAGGCCUUGUACAAGAUAAGUUUGAAGGCCUGGUUCGCCAUCUGGCUCCAUCUGAUUAAUUUACCGACGUUCGCAGGAUUUGUGAAGUGUUGUUUAUGGUUUAUAAAAUGACGGACCGAAAUCAUAACGCCAAACUCCAAGCGAUUGCCACAACUGGAUUUGAUGCCAUUGCUAAUAAUUCAUCGGAAUCUGUGCAUCAGUUAACCGAGGAGCACCCCCCAGUCCUUUCGGACGCUCAUUCACCCCAAGCCAAACAACCCGAACCGCCCCCCACAUGUCUCCUCGACCAUCCCAAACUGUUGUCCAACAAUUUCCAUUUCCUUAAAGGUGUUGAUCUCCACCAUCCGAUUCUGUCGCAUGAAAUGGCGUUCGCGGAGGCGGUCGCCACCAGGAACAACCCGACCACCAUGGACAACAUUCGCACUAAACUCACAUCACUGCCCCCCAAUUUCGCGUCGUUCAGCAAAGAACAACAGACCGCCUAUCUCCGUCUGGUCGACUGUGCCGAAAUGAAGCAGACCCUCAAAUAUGAACUGAAGAAUAAAGAAAAAUUGGUUCGGGAUCUGGAGAUGCGGUAUUUGUCAGCAGACUUUGGUCUUGGGAAUGUGGUGCACGGAUGGGAUUUGACGGGAAAUUAUGGGGUGGCUGAUCGGCAGGUCGGUACCCCGCGGGUGGUUAGUCGAAGGAAAAUUAAAGACGGUGAUCGGAUUUUCUCGUCAUCGUCGGUGAUGUCUUUCACCAAUCCUGUCAAAACUUCCGAAACACAUCUGCCGGAGAUUAAGAAGAAAAAGGAGAAAAUGCAGAAGAAAAAGCAGAUAAGUACACUAAAUCGUAUGCAGAGCAGUCAGAUGGAGAUGCUGGAGACCGAAGAUGAACCAGUGGAAAGGACUUACACAGUAACGGAGAAAAAGCAGAAGGCUCGUGCAGAUAACGAUGAUAUUUUGAAUGUAAAACAGAAGCUUUCUAAGAAGAAAAAUAUGGUGACCAAGAAACCGAAGAACUCCACUGGCUAUCGGGAUAUUCCUGCUGGCGGCAAGCAUUCACUGACGACAAGUGUUACGACAAAGACGCCUAAAACACCCACUGUUUCCAAACCACCGGAGAAACCACCAAUGGAAACGGGACACCGUUUAAGAACACUACUGACGAACAAAGCUCCGCAUGCCGCGUCGUCCUCAUUUACAAAGACUCCGGUGGACAGUUUUGGUUCUGGCCGGGAUCAAGGAGGAAGCAUCAAGUUAAAAAUCUUUAAAACACGUGCCGGCAUCCAGUCGGAAAGCAGCGAAGUUCCUCCCAGUCCGGCAGCCUCCAUCACACCAGUGGACAGUAAUCCCGAAACACCGAGCACGCCGAAUCCGCUGAACACACUCUCCAAACGCCAGCGUGGUCGUCCGCCACGACGGCUAGCCGAGUGAGAACACACUGGGUAUCUGAUUAUGCUGUAUGUUCGGCAAGCAGUGCUGUAAUCAAUUGUCUUUAUUUUGGCUUUGUCGUGUCGAUGCGCCAUAAUCCCGUGUGUGACGUCGACUGUUAUGUUUUAAAUCCCUGCGUUGUUGCAGGAUCAGUUAUCCAUGUUGUUCGUUAGCGUUAAAGCACAUAUUUUUUGUUGUACAGGAAUCUGCGGUUGUGUUUCGCAGUUCGCCGCUUACUCAUAACGGAAUGAUCGGUUUUUUGUUCUUUGACAUCCGUUCGUGGGCGCGUCUUGUGCAGCUGUUGUAAAUCAUGAAGGUGAAAUAAACUUUUUGCCUACACUUUCAUUUC